GAGUAUCAGUGGCUGAACUUCCAGCACGAAGCCAUACGACAGAUUAUGCAUGGCACGUUAAUCCACAGUCGGAUACAAAGCCCCAGAAAGAUCCUGGAUAUCGGUUGUGGCACGGGUGCCGUAUCCGUACAUCUGGCCGAACGCUUUCCCAACGCAGAAGUCGUUGGUAUUGACAUUUCGCCUGUGCCAGAUGUGCAUGCAAGGCCAUCUAACCUCUCCUACCGCCAAGGCAACAUACUGGACCUACCUGGUGAAUGGAAUUUCAUUUUCAGUAGGUUGUUGUUGGCUGGCAUGCACGAUUGGCCGCGCUACGUCGGAACAAUGUAUCGACUACUGAGUCCCGGAGAAUGGGCAGAGCUGCAGGACGUCAGCGUAUGCGUCUUCGAUGCCCAGGAGAACGAUAUUUCAGCCGACUGGAAAUACAUGAUCGCCACCAUGCAGUCAAUUGGAAAGCUCGGCAUGGAUGGGAGAAUCGGCAUCCAUCUGCCAGAAUACGUGCGUGACUGCGGCUUUAUCGAAAUCCAGAUCAAGCAUUUCCCUUGGGUUCUU